GACAAUGAACAGGUAAUCUAGUUUUGCUCACCUUGGUCUCAAUACAUUUUAUGUUCAUUGUUUCUUUCUAUAAUUAAACUGAGGUCAUAGUAAUGUUGCUGAUACAAUAACAUCUUCGCAUCUUUUAUUCUGCCACUUUUACAAAGGUUAUAAAAGACAGGACUGGAGAAGUAUUCCACAAAUGAUCAGUUGCGAUACUUUAAUCCUGUAAAUAUAGGCAAUUCUCGAUCCAUGAAAAGUAUAAAUAAGUCAAAAACGAAGAGAAUUCUUAGUGUGCGAAAGGAGCUAUUUAUACAGCGUGGAUCACAUUGAGUGUCCAUCUUGAAAUCAAAUGGAUACUUUAACACAUCCACGUGUUUCUGGAUGUCUUAUUUGUUCUCCUAAUUGUUCUAAUGAAAAAUUUUGCAUAAUGGUUGUUCACCUGUGAUGAAUUAGAGUUGCUGAUUAUGAAUAUAAGGGCUAUUUUAUUGCGUUGUUAAGAGCUUCACUUAUGCUAGGUAUAUUGAUAUCAAAGCACCACCAAACACUUCCAAAUUCUAGUUUGCUCUGAAACAUGAACUCUUGAAAAUGAUUCUUAAAAGAUCCUAAGUGUUUCGGUCACCAGUGUUUGCUGGGUCACCAAGAUUAUAUAUUUAUAACUACGUUAAUUCCUUUCUUAUUGGUGCGCAUCUCUAUCUCUCUUUCCCAACCAAAGAGAAGAUUAAAAAAUCCUCAAUCGUGCGUUGUUCACAGAUGAUUACAUUAUUCCUACAUUUUAACAGGUAGUAAACAUCAAAGCUGUGAAUGUGCUGAGCGCAAUGGCUGAAGCAUCCGGCACCUUCAUGCAGCGCCGAGUCGUUAAAGAUGCCAUUCCUCCCAUGAUCCAGUUCCUGGAUAAACAGGCCUCAGUGAGCCUUAAAGCCGGCCCAGUCUACUCGCAGUCUCAAGCAUUCAAGCUACAGUUGGCUGUAUUGAGGAGCUUAGGCCGCCUUUGCAGACAGCUGGAGGUCAUCGAUGCUAGUCUCAGUCCUGUGGUGUGGACUUGUAGCCAGUACCUAAGCUGUCGGCAGCCUAAAGAACUUCAGCAAGUGAGUGUAGUUUGAGAGUUUUUAGAAAUAUUUGUUAAGAUUUGAUGAAAUGAAGAUUUCUGUGUGGAAGAAAGUUGUGAAGGACGUUUCUUAAGAUGUCUCCUCCCAUGGCAAAAAGGAAAAGUCAAAUCAUAGUUACAAAAUUAAUAAAUCCAAUGACUCUUGAAGUAAGAUGAUAACAACCUCCUGCCCAACAAGGUGCUAAGCUUGUGCAACGAAAAAAGGCGACAACGACGACGGGGCUACUUAGACCAAACGUACUUUCCUUUCCAAAAACUAUAAGGGAAAGUUUUUAACGCAAUGAUAUCUGGGAUCGUUUGGGUACAAGAAAUCCCAGAAGGCUAGAAAGCUUGUAUCCAUUCUCCUUAGAAUUUCUGAAGUGGGAAAUUAACGCCUUUUAAAAGAAUAUAAUAAUUUUUAGUAUUUUAUAGCCAAAGCAAUGUUUUGUCUUCUUGUGUUUUUGUUGUAGAUGGCUAUCACCACCUUCAACAACUUUGCGUCAGUAGAGCCUGAUCUUAUCUGGCUGAGUUUAAACGAUUUGUAUUGUCCUGAAGAACUAAUACCACCACAUGAAACCCUCAAACCUGUCAAGCUAGCGGGGACUGGCACUCAAAGCAAGGAAUAUGCUGAGAAUGUGACUGCUCUGCUGUCUGCAAUUUGA